UGACGAGCCAGAGUCUCUCUCUCUUUGGGCGUGGCCAUCCAGCGCGUCUGUGGCAACCGGCGGUAGGUGGGGUGUAAGUGGUCUCCAGCUGCCGGUGAGUGUAAGUGCGGGGAGGCCGGAGUGCGGGCGGCAUGGACGAGUUUCAGACAGCGGAGGAGUCUUCAUUCGUUGUAGAUGAAGUGAGCAACAUCAUUAAAGAGUCAAUAGAAAGUGCCAUCGGUGGAAAUGCUUAUCAACACAACAAAGUCAACCAGUGGACCACCAAUGUUGUGGAACAAACUCUGAGCCAACUUACAAAACUGGGGAAGCCAUUCAAGUACAUUGUUACUUGCGUGAUCAUGCAAAAGAAUGGUGCAGGUCUUCAUACAGCGAGUUCAUGUUUUUGGGAUAAUUCAACGGAUGGAAGCUGUACUGUGAGAUGGGAGAACAAGACUAUGUACUGUAUAGUCAGUGCCUUUGGACUUGCAAUUUGACCACUUUCUUCUUGGUUCCAGUCAUGCAAUAGUUCUUUCAUCCUUUAUGUAUUUUGCUUUGUACACACUCUGACAUGUAAUGCGUGUUUAUUUUUUUUAUUUUUUUUUGUUUGUUUUUUCUUUCACUCACAGUUUCUUUACUAUGUUAGCACUUUUUUUUUCUUUCAAUGUACUGAACCUCUAUGUAAUUUGAGGUGCUACAACCUAAAAGUGCCACUAUAAAACGUAAUUCAAGUCAUACCUCUGAUACACUAACUAUUUCUUGUCAUAUUUUAGCUAAUGCAAAAUAAAUUAUUGGUUUAAACAUUUUAUAUAUUUAUAAGUUGUAUUUU